CUGAGAAUUACUGGCCAGUGUUUGUGCAUUGUUAGUAACUGUGUGGAGUGCUUGGGUGAGUGUGACUUGUGUUAGUUAUAUAUUGUGUGUUAGUGUGUGUGUUGUAAGCUACAUUACGUGUCUGUGUUAGUAAUUUUGUGUUGUUUGUCAGUUAUUGUCUGUGAGUCCUACACUUUUAUCAGUGUGUCAUAUUCUGAGUGUAAGUGUGUCACUGUGUACUGUGUGUGUUUGUUAUUGUGUUAUUUUAAGUUGUGGGUGUGCUACUGUGUUAUUCUGUACAGAGUCUGUGUUACUGUGUUAUUCUGUACAGAGUCUGUGUUACUGUGUUACACUGCGCUGUUUGUGACUCCUGUCUGUGCACUGUCUGUGUUACUUUGUUCCAUUGUACAAUGUGUGGUGCAUGAUUACAAAGAGACCCAGAUCACUUUCGUGAAGUGAAUAUGGACACCACGAGGAUCAGUUCCUGUCUGCUGCGUCUGAUGCUGAUUCUGCACAGUAAGAGUCACAAGAGAGGGGGCAGGAAAUAUGAACAGAGAUGAGGAGGACGGGGAAAGAAACAGCCUGGAAGUUAAUGGGAGAAAUAAAAAAAUCACUAGGAAAAUACAGACAGACAGUCGUGAAAUGGGGAAAAGGCCAGGGGGGAAUGGGACUACAAGGAACAAGGGGAGGGACAAACACACUUGGAUGACACAGAGACGGAAGAAAGCUGUAAAACUGAGAUGACGGGGACAAAUAUUCCAAACGAGCUGGAUGACAAAUAUAUUUUUUUUUUAAUUUGACAAUUUUUAUUUGUUUUAAAAGUUUUGAACGUAGGGUACAGAAAAGAAAAGGGUGAGGGGAAAGGUAAAAUCAAAACAUUCCAUGUUAAUUCAAUUUUCAGUUUGUGUAGCACACAAGGUCUCAUCUUACAACGCCAGGGUAGAGAAUGAUGAUGGGACAGGGGUUGUGCAGGAAUUUUACCCUUCACCAUAAGGUUUGUCGUUAUCUCAUGUUGUCCACAGUCCCUUAUUGUUUUUGCUUUUUAUAUCCCUUAUACCCAUGCUUUCCCCGGUGUUUCCUCCUAUCCCUCUCCGUUAGUUCUAGUUUCUCCUUCGUGUACUUGGAUUAUGGUUGUGUCUUUCAACCCUCCCUUAAGUGUCCCUUUUGCUCAUCUUUUACCCUUGAAAGCCGCUGUCCUCCCCCCGUCUCACUACGUGCCCCCUCCCACAUACGUUUUCCAUUUCUCACUCGCUUGACCAGCGUAUUUCCGUGGUCCUGUCUGUUUGCUUGCCAUCAUCUCAUAAAAUUGCCAAUUCAGGGAUACUUGGUUUCUCAGGGCUUCUUUUGUGGGUACCUGGGGCGAUUUCCACGCUCUUGCGUUAUGGCUGAAGAACUAUUUUUGGUGGAUGACAAAUAUCUUAAUUGUAAAAUUAGCUGAAUAACCAAUAUUUCAAAUCUAAAAUUACCUUGGUGACCAAUUCUUAAACUGUCAUAUAUACAAAUAUAAAAAUAAAUUCUGCAGAACUCCCUAUCUUCAUUAGACUCUUUCAGAGAAUAUGAAGCUUGUUUGUCACUGGGAUUGUUGCUACAGUAAUAGUCUGGGGUGAGAUAAAUAUGAAUUUUCUAAUUUUUGAAUGUGUAUUCAAGUAAAUUGUCUGUAGACCCAGUUUGGGCCUUGUUCCCCUGAUUAACAAGCACUGCUUGGGAGACAGGAACAUAUCUAAACAACGAAACAGAAAGACAGGUAUGACUAGGUACAGUGUCCCUGGAAAGGCAGGCGUCUACUUACACCUAGUAGAAUGGAAUUAACCUUGAGACUUAGCUCACGCAAACAGACAGAAAUUGAGACCUCGGGACCUAAAGUCUAAUUAUGUCAAUAAGGAAUUUGUUUAAAAUUAAACCUUUAUUAAUUAUCAAGCCAAACUAUAAAACGAUUAUAGAGAAAGAAAAAGCAAGCUGUGAUACAUUAAUGUCCCCAAAAAAAGAGGAAAAGAAAAAAAUAUAUAACGUAAUGAAAAACAGUGAUAGGCUGAGUAGACUACGUAAUCGGAUUAAUGGCAGCUAUAAUUAAUUAGCUGUAAUAACAGGCGGUCAAUAAAGAACCGAAUGCCUGUACAUGAUGUUAUAGAACCAUGCCAAUUAAAACUACAUCUAGCGGUUUACUAAACAUGCAAGACUGGGGACAGCAAUGCCCACAAUUUCUGGCAGAUUGACUCAGUUUGCUGAGAAACAAUUAGGCAAUAAACAACCGCAACCCGCUUUACAGAGAAAUGUAGACAUUCAAUGGAAAAGGAGGUAAAAUUUUAUAAAAACAGAGAGUUAGUGAAGGCCAAAACCAGGGAUGAGUAAAAACAGAUAAAUAAUACACUGGGAAGGAUAUUUCAGAAACUUAGAGCGUAUAGAUUGGUGGUGUUUGGGCAGUGUAACGUGGCUCACUGGUGUACCUUAAUCCAAGUGAAAGUGUGCGACGAACACAAUGGCUUCUGGGAUAUAAUAGGUUAAAUUUAAAAAAAAAAUCUUCUUGACUCCAUAAUGGCAAUCAGAUGCCUCAUUGGAUUAACAGCCUGUUGACAUACAUUCAUUAUUUAUAUCCUCGGAUAAUUUGUUUUUUGCCAGAAAAAAAACAAAUCUACGGCUUAAAAUGUGUUUUUAGUAAGUGUCAGCAUUAACAUUGGGGUUCUCAUCUGCCGGUUAAUUAAAACGAAGUCGGUUUGGUUAGAAAAAUGCAAAUCUCUCUAUUAAGGCUUCCAGUAAAUGUGACUUUUAUAAGCCGUAACAAGAAACAUAAAUGCCUUUAAAAUAUUUUGCUCAUUGACGUGUUUCUUGGUCCAAAAAAGGUUGGAGACCAUUGAUCUAGAUAGCUAUGGAAUUUAUAUCUAUAUAAAUAAUUAAAUAAUAACAAUAAAAAAAGAUAAUAGACUAGAGUUAGUAUUAGAACACAUCUACACCUGUCUACGUCUGAGGUUACUACUGAGGGGUAUUACUAGGUUUCAGAACCACCUGUGGCUUGAGCCCAAAACAGAACUUGAUGACUCUUCUGGGCCCAAAACAGACCUUGAUGACUCGUAGGUGAAGUGGUGAUGUCUUGAUAUAUAUGCUCAUCUCUAUGGUAUGUUGCUACCUCUAGGAUCACAAUGAAAGAGCAGCCUGGAACAAACACAUUCUUAACGACCAGGUAUUCAAUAUGAUCUUGCCAUGUCACCUAACUUUUAGAGUGGUGUGCAGGAAAGUUCUGAUUCUGAAAGUUACCUGGGGGUACCACUCUGUCCCCUUUAGUAGUCUGGCAGAGCACUGUACCUAUAAUCUUUUUUUUUCAGUUUUUUUUUUUAUAUAUUAUAAUAAUAACAUCUUACCCCCUACUAACAAUGCUUAUGUUUCACAUCACUUGUCUCUCCUGUUGUUACAAUUAAUUAAAUUUACUCUUUUUUUCUUAAAACCACAUAAUGUGAAGAUAAAAUGCUAAAUUAAUAUUAUAGCACAGAACACACACCAGAAACUUGGUCAGACAGGGUGCUUAACACAGGAGAGGAGACAUGUUAGGGAUGUCAUGGAGAUGUUGGGAAAGAGAAGUCCAGAUUCAUAUCAUGUAAUGUGACAACUCUUUGUUUUAGGCCCAGAGCUGCAGGGUGCCAUUUUGGCAGGACAGCCACAUGCUGUUGAUGUUGUGCUGCCAUGCUCACACGUUCUGGUGGAGGAAGGUAUGGGUAGAGGUAUGGGAGGGCUAUCGUUUCAACGAAGAGACAUCACUCUGGUCCUGCAGAACGUUACGAUUAUAGGAGAUGAAGAGACGGAUCCAAUAACAGACUAUGUGCCACCGGAGGAUGUGGAAACCACCACUUUUCAAGCUACAGGUAACAUGCUAGCCACCAUCCAUGAUUCCAGCAUACUUAUAUCUUCACUCUGCUUUACGUGACAUCCACAGGACAUCUUUUUAUAUCACCGCUUACGACUGUCCACAGAGUUAUGCAAACUAUAUAAAAACAUAGAAGUUGUAAUAAUUGGGGAUAUUCAACCAGUCAAUAUCAUUUUCUCAUUUCCUAUCUAACAUGGGGAUAUAUAAAGUGGAAGCUCCUUAGUCCUGGCUAGGUGUUCUCCAUCAAGUGUGAGCUGCUGUGGUCUCUCCAGUGUGAGCUGCUGUGUUCCCUCAGUAUUCCCUAGAGGAGGGACUCUGAUAAUAAAGCCAAACCCAGCAUGAUCUCAGCCUCUAAUAAUAAUGUGCAAUAAGAUCCCUUACAAUAGAUAUAUUAUCACAGCACAGCCUCAGCCUGCCCUGUUUAUCUUUAAUAAUUUUAUUUGCUUUUCCUGCAGUGAAUUUCCCCCCACUGCCCUUUGCAAAGCGCUUGUUACAUGCGGAAUGCGAAGGGGAGGAGAUGACAUGUGAACUGUCCCAUCUCUAUACUGAGUUCUAUGUUGUCCACCUUCGCCUCCCUGACCUCAGCCUGUCCAUAUUGCUGAGAGUAGAGCAACAGGACAGAGACCUAGCAGAGAUAACAGAGGAGGAGAAGAUCAUUGUUCCUAUGACAGGUGAGACUCCUUUUGCGUGUUUCAUUCUUACAGUAUCCACAUAUUUCCAUUGGAUGAAAAAAUAUGGCCCUGGGCAGCUUUUCCUAGCACAGCAAAUAUCCAUGCUCCUUACAAAGGCCUCAAAUUAAUAUUUUUGGAUAAGCUUUUCAAAUGUUUUUUCAUUUUUCAAAGUAUUCAAAUAUCGAAAAACAAAUCAAUAUCGAAUUUUUUUAAAAUAAUUUUCAAAAUACUAAAUAAUUUUAAAAACGUAUCCAAAAAUAUUAUAGCGAGGCCAUAAUGAGCAAUAACAGGUAACUGUGUGAUCAUCUAGGUUAGUUAACAUUAAAUGAAUCGCUCUCUGCCCAGUGAUAAGUUGCAUGCCAUGUGGCAUAUGGUGCUUUGAGCAGUAAUUGUGCAGAACCCAAUGCUGUAUCCUACCCCCACCCAUCCAAGAUAGUUUGUACAGGCAUCUCCAAGACUUCUAGUAACCAAGAAAGACCCACUAAAUGUUUGAGAAACACCAUAACAUUUUAUCUCUUCAGCUCCACGUAUACUUCCCACCUCUGGCCCAGACAUCCAUUCAUCUCCUUUGUGACUUGUAUUGAUCUCACCUCUUAUUCUGCUACCUCUAUCCUUCUCCUGAAUUUAUAUCUUCUUCCCUUUCCUAACUCAUCCACAGCUCCAUUCGUCUCAAUCACUCCUUCACCCUGUGCUAUAAGGUACACCCUCCAACCAAUGCGCUUUGUUGCCCCAUUCCCUACCCGUCCUUCCAACUCUCCUCUUUACACCAUCCUCCUUCCUCCACUUCUUCUACCUCCUUCCUCCACCUAAUCUCUUUACCUCUCCUCCAUUCCUUCAUACUUCUCAUCCUACACCACAGCAUACCUAUUUGCACAACUCUCAGUUCCUCCAUUUCCCAUCCUUCUUUCUCCACUUUCCAUAAUGCUUUCCUUCACUUCUCAAACCUCCCUAUUUUAUGUAUAACCUUCCUUCAUAUCUCAUACUUCUCCUCUCCCAUAUCUCUUUCUUGGAUACCUGUAUACCUCCAUCCUUCACACCAUCCUUACUCCAUACCCAUGUAUCGGCUUCCAUUCCCUCCACCACUGUGUCAUCCAAUUCCCAUGUUUUCAAACAACCAGCCAUCUAUCCUAACUUCUCCCUCAUUUUGUUCUGUGUUUCUUUUCCCAGUGGACCUCUUGUUAUCUUCCUUCCCUCCAUCAUAUUUAACCUCAACUUCAAAAGACAUAUCCUUAAACUGCGAAUUGUGGGGAAGCUCUGAGGAGAUAAAGGUGGAGUGGCACCUGCAGUCUGGAGGCAAAGGGCAAAUGAUUGUACCAGAAGAAGGUACUCGGAUAAGUAUAGAGCCAGGAACAUUCGUAAACAGCCAAGAAAUGUCUCUCAACAUAAAAGGAGUUCGUGUACAGGACGAGGGGACAUAUAUCUGUACAGUGAACACAAAGCAACAUCAGAUGCAACAGAUAAUUAAACUACAGGUCAGAGGUAAGGAUAAUGAAAUGGGGGUAAACAUGAAUAGAUAGAUAGACAGACAGACAAGCAGACAGACAGAUAGAUAAGCAGACAGGCAGGCACAACCAAAUAGAAAUACAAAUUAAGGAACAGCGCACACAUUAAUAUAUAUUUCUAUACUCUAUAAGGCUACUUAAAAUCACCUAUCUCAGCAAACAAAUAUGGAGAUUCAGUUCCACCGUAUGGCCAUAUUGUGUUAAGCCCACCACUACUUCACAGUGCCCCAAUAUCAGUGGAUCCUAUACUAAUUCCACCAUAUAUAAUUUGCAUUGUGAGUAUAUACAUCAAAGCACUUACACUUUAAUUGUUUAAUUUUGACACUGCAUUUUUUGUAUUGCAUUUGCCACAUUAAUUAUGCAUUAUAUAUAUAUAUAUAUAUAUAUAAAUAUAUAUAUAUAAAUAUGUACAUCACUGGACUAAUACGGCUUCAAUCUCUACUUGAACGAUAUAGAUAGAUAGAGAUAUAUAUAUAUAUAUAUAUAUACAAUGCUCUUACAACAGAUGAUUUAAAUACACUUUAGCUUAUUUAGCACUAGCACUAUUUAAUUUGUCUCCAACGGUGGAAUUAGUGUAGGACCCACCGAUAUUGGGGUACUGUGACGUAGUGGUGCGCUUAACACAAUAUGGCCACAAUAUGACCCUUCUCGGUCUCUACGCUCUGCCCAUGAUCUUCUCCUGUCCGUUGCUCUCACCCGUACUGCCAACUCACGCUUAUAGGACUUCUUGCGGGUGGCUUCCUUCCUAUGGAAUAACCUGCCUACUACCAUCAGACUCUCCCCUAAUCUUCAAUCGUUUAAGAAGUGCCUUAAAACCCAUCUCUUCAGGAAAGCUUAUGGCCUCCCAGAGUAAUAUCUACCUCACAUACCUGUCUCUUGCUCUCUCCUAAAGGGCAGCACUCUACUCUCUCCUCCAGCUCUGAUUCACUCCCACCUUAUUUGAUUGCUAUUCCCUGUCCUAAUGUGUUUUAUACCCCACCUCCUAUAGACUGUAAGCUCGUUUGAGCAGGGUCCUUUUCAACCUAUCAUUCCUGUAAGUUUUCUUGUAAUUGUCCUAUUUAUAGUUAUAUCCCCCUUUCAUAAAAUUGUAAAGCGCUACAGAAUCUGUUGGCGCUAUAUAAAUGGCGAUAAUAAUAAUAAUAUGAUGGAACUUAAUCCCCAUAUUUGUUUGCAGAGAUAGGUGAUGUUAAUAUUAAUGAAAUAUAAACAAUACAAUCUACAAAUAUAAGAGCACACAGAAACCAAAAAUAGUGUAGUAUGUUUAAGCACCGUUUUUUGCUUCACUUUGAGUGCCACCUCCUCUUCCCUGGCAGUGUCGAGCCUGGAACCAUCUGUCUCCUGCUACCCAGACCAUCAGUAUCACUGGAGGGAUUUACACCCAUCAUUGGAAAUCUGUCAAAUAAAAACACAAAAACGGGGUUUCUGCAACAUUUCACAUCUGGACACCGACCCCCUGUCCACUCUACCAGGGGUGAAGGGUUGAAAAUGAAGAAAAAUUGAGCUCCUCUGAAUCCUAAAGAUUCCUAUAUGCCUGCAUUUUACUACUAUCCUGUGAGUGUAAUUUGUCACAAGCACAUUUCUGGUGCUUAAGGACACAUGACAUGUGUGACAUGUCAUGAUUCCCUUUUAUUCCAGAAGCUUGGUCCUUAAGGGCUUAAACAUACUACACUAUUUUUGGUUUCUGUUUGCUCUAAUAUUUGUAGAUUGUAUUGUUUAUAUUUCAUUAAGAAGAUUUGAGGGAUCUUCUUACAAUCUAAAAAGGGUAACUUUAUUUUAUAUACGUUUACCCACUGGGGAGCAUGUGUGUUAUAUUACAUUUUUUGUACUAUAGGUGAUGUUAAGUAGCCUUAUAGAAUAUGGAAAUGUAUUAUUAUGUGUGCGCUGUUCCUUAAUCUGUAUUAUGUAUACAUUUUGGUCACUCCGGCAGUACCAUUGCUGCAAAAUGCAUGUUCUGGGUGUACCCCCAAUUCUCAUUUGUCUUUAUAACAAGAUAGAAAGGCAUAUAGACAGACAGGAAGACAGCUAGACAUACAGGUACAGAGACAGUCAGAGAAAGCAAUGGAGCCACAAGUUUAGUGAAGGAAUUACAGAAAGAUACAGAAAGUGACAGGUCAGCAACGUAAAUUUACAUAAUCUAUCAAUGCUAAUAAAGUAUACAAAGAAUUAAUAUUAGACACAUUGUAACCUUUUCAGAUUAGGACUGUUGAUCAAUAUGUCUAAGACUUUGUUAAAUGAUACAUAUCCGUUUGUUCCCAGACCCCCCUUUGGUGACAUUAUCUCUUACUGGAUCUUCCCAGCCUCGACUGGUCUGCCGGACAGACCGGUACUAUCCCCUUGACGUGGAGAUCUCCUGGCUGAGGGGUGGGGAGCAGUUUACUCAUGACUCCCAUGUAACCUCCAGCCAUCGAAUGAACAUUGAUGGAACUUUCAACCUUACCAGUUAUUUGAGUGUUCCCAUUCCACCCACUGGUGCUCCACCUGACAUCUACACCUGUUCUGUGUCACACAUCUCUAUCAGUGAUCCAAUUGAGGUCUAUACCAGUGUCCCCCCAAAAGGUACAUUUACUGAUAAGUUACAAGAACAUUGUGUGCUCAUUAAGACCUUAUAUUUAUUAAGCAUAUCAAGUUAUAAAGGGGGUACAGUAAGUAUGCAGUGUAUAUUGUGCUAACAGGUGUACUCAGCACUUUACAGGUUACAUUACAGCAGGGGGAUGUUCAGUAAUUGCAGUAGAUUUACAGUGUAUGUACAUUUUGUUUAUAUAGCACUAACAGGUGUACUUAGCACUUUACAGGUUACAUUACAGUAGAGGGAGGUACAGUAAGUACAGUAGAUAUACAGUGUAUGUAUAUUUUAUUUAUUUAGAAUGAACAGGUGUACUCAGCACUUUACAGGUGUACAUUACAGUAGAGGGAGGUACAGUAAGUGUAGUAGGUAUACAGUGUAUGUAUAUUUUAUUUAUACAGCGCUAACAUGUGUUCUUAGCACUUUACAGGUUACAUUACAGUAGAGGGAGGUACAGUAAGUACAGUAGGCAGGGCAGGCACAACCGCUAGGCUGACUAGGCAACCAUCUAGGGUGCACAAGUCUGGGUGGCGCAGUCUCCAGGUGACUGGCAGAAGGGGGCACACAGCACAGUGCACCCCUCCUGCCAGUCACUAAAUGUAGCGUCCCCUCAGCUCUCUGUGUGUCUCUCUCCACCCCAGUCCUCUGUGUGUCUCUCCUCCACCCAAUCCCUCUUGUGGUCUCUCCCCUUACUGCCAGCUCACCUACCUUCUCGUGUGUAGCUUGGCCAAGCCGUGGACCACAGUAGAGGAGCUCCUGUAACCUGUACCGGUCGGACAGGAAGCAGUUCGGCAACUCUUUGCGAUCACUUCUUGUCAGACCGGGUAGGGGAUACAGAAGCUUCUCUACCUCAUCCACGCUACACAGGAGAAGGUAGGUGAGCUGGCAAGAAGGGGAGUGAUCACAAGAGGAGGCUGGGUAGAGGAGGGACAAAGAGACACACAGAGGGCCUGGGGGAGAAUAGAGACACAAAGAGAGGGCUGGAGGGUAAGAGGCACACAGAGAGCAGGGGGUGAAGAGGUACACGGAGAACUAGGGGAAAAGUGGCACAUAGAGGACUAAUGGGGGUGGGAGAGGCACACAGAAGGCUGAGGGGUUGGGAGAAGCACACAGGGAGUCUGAAUGGGACAAAGAGACACACAGACGGACUGAGUGGGACAAAGAGAGACACAGGGGCUGAGGAUACAAAGAGACACACAGAGGACUGGGAGCAACAAAAAGGCACCCAAAUGGGCAGGGGGAAGUGACACACAGAGGGCUGAGGAAGGGGAAAAAGACACACAAAGGAGUUUGGGACAAAGAAACAACCAAAGUUGGCAAUUUUUGUUUUCUUUUGUGGAGGGGUGACGCAAGUUGCUGGUCUUGCCUAGGGCGCAAGGGCCCUGAAAGUAGGUACACAGUGUAUGUAUAUUUUAUUUAUACAGCACUAACAGGUGUACUUUGUACUUUACAGUAGAGGGAGGUACAGUAAGUGCAGUAUGUAUACUGUGUAUAUUUUGUUUAUGUAGCACAGGUGAGUUUGGAGUUGGGAUGAAUGAAUUGGUUCUAGUUUGUAGUUCUGCUUUAUGCAAUAUUACUGGUUCUAAGCUUUGCAUGCUAGAGUUAAGUCCAUGAUUGACCACUUUCCAGACACCUUCUCUUCUAGAAGUUAACAUUGUUUGUUCUCGUCUUUGAACAGAUUUGGAAAGAUCGAUGGGAAUUUCUGGCUUCUUAAUUUCGUCUGUGAUAUUCAUCCUUGGAAUCAUUAUGUGGAAAAAAAGAUGGGCUCACGGCAGUGAUCACAGUGAUGGCAGAGACAGAGUGAGACUGACACAGACAGAGUGACAACGACAGACAGACAGACAUACAGACUUGAAUCCUACUUAAUUCCAAUGGGCAGAUAUUCGGUUUGAACAGUUUCCUCGAAUGUAAUAUAUUUAUUACAGUCUGUGUGUAUUUCACUAGAGGUUUAUUUUUAGAUUUUGUCUGGGUGAACAGAUUUCAAUCCAGAUAGCUCAUUAAAGGGACACUAUAUGCACCCAGACCACUUUUGCUCAUCAAAGUGGUCUGGGUGCAGCAUCCUAGGUCCCUUAACCCUGGAGUAGUAAUUAUUGCAGUUUUUUAAUAAACUGCAAUAAUUACCUUUGAGGGUUAACUCCACCUCUAGUGGCUGUAUACCAGACAGCCACUUUAGGGACUUACAGGUCAUUGGGCGACUUUUGGUCGCUUAGCUGACGCUAGACGUCCUCACGCUAUCCAUGAGGACAUCCUGUAUCACCGAAAACCCCAUAGGAAAGCAUUGUAUAAUGAUUCCUAUUGGUGUAGUACUAAAUGAGAGUGUGCCCAUUGCAUUAGGUCUUCCCCAAUGUCAGAGGAGCGAAGACGUUGCCUGAACCAGCACUGAGGGACAUCAGCGGUGUAGUCAUGUGACAGAAGGGGUGUUUAACCACUUCUGCACCAAGGCGCGAGGGAGGAGGGCACUAUAGGGAGCUAUAGUACUAUAGGUUGCCUUUAAUAUGACUAUGAUACACUGGGUUGUAACUUGACAGUCUACAAUUUGGGUAAAUUAAUGUGAAAAAAAAUAAAUAAAAUCGCACUGAUUUCAACACUUGAACCAAAUGAUCAAUAACCUUGUUAAAUAAUAACAAUUACUUAGCUGGGUUAUUUACCAAACUGUGACUUGUCAGACAUUGAUAAAGUCUACCACUCUAUUGUGUCCCAUAAUUUGCAAUUCCUUGGGACUCUCCUGACAAUUCCCUUUUAACUCCUUAUAAAUUAAUGGUUUAAUGAAUUAAAGGUUUAAUUACUAAUAUGCAAGAAUUGGGCUUUUACCGUUAACAGCCUUGGAGUAAUUCACAAAAAUGAAUUAGGAGUAUUUAAGAGAGAACUGGAAUUUUUAAGGCAAAAUAGCCAAGUUGGAACAUACUUGGAGAAGUUUUUUUCGAUUGUUUUGUACAAAAUGAGCAACUUUCUUGUCAAUUGUAAAUAGUUCUUGGGAGUUAUUACAGCUGAGGAACAUGUAACUGUAAACAUAAAUUAUAACAGUAGAGGGCACUGUAAGCACAGCCAAGAACCCAUAAUGGACUAUAAUUACUAAAGUAAGAAUUUCAAAUUUAAGAUAAAAAAAUAGCUAAAUAAUCAGUUAUACUUUAAGUCUGGCUAUUUUGGUCUAAAAUUUGAAAUUCACUUUCAAUUGCCGAAAGUUCUCAAUUCGGUAAAUCAAUUAUUAGUGAUUUUAUUGUUAAUAAAAAUGUUUGGUUUUUUUAAAAGGGCAAAACAUUUACUUUUUAAAAUAAUAAUCAACAGAUUGAUGCAAAAUAGUGAGUGGAGUUUUUUUUUUUUUUUUAGAACUCAAUCAGGCGGUUGAUCCCUGGCUGUUUUCACAAACAGAUUAUAAACAAACAAUAUCUCCCCUUGCCCUGUGAUAUCAUAAAUAACAUGCAAAUUAAAUCAAUAAAUAAUUGUUAGUUAGUAAACACAACCGGGAGCACUGUACCAUUCUUUGCAGGAACCAGUUUGUAAAAUAAAACAUUGUGAAGGGGAAAUAAAAAAAAUAAAAAAAAAAUAAAAAAAAGAGGAUUGUAAUGUGUUGAAAAAAAUAAGGAAUGGUAAUUUAAUAGUUAUUUACUCAAGUGGGAAUUCAAAGUAAACAAAUUUAAGGUAAAAAUAGCCAAACUAAAAAGGAUUCUCCAAGUCAGCUACUCUGGCCUUAAAGAGAACCGUUCACCACUUCCCCCUCCCUUGCUGCGAUCCCAUUGAAGAGGUGGGUGUUACGCAUCUGUAACACCCACCUCCAGUCUGCACGGUCUCUUCCAUGACGUCGACACACUGACAUCACUCCGUUCCUAUACUCCAUAGCCAGCUCUAGCAGCGCAUGCACUGUUGUUGCAAUGGGUGGCGCGCAGAAGGAAUGCCUGUGGGUGGUCUCUUCUUCUCUCCUUUAUCAAUCAAUUCCUUGGCAUAGAGCAGGCCUGUCCAAUCUGCGGCCCCCCAGAUGUUGCUGAACUACAACUCCCAUGAUUCUUUCAAUUAAACAAAUAGCCAGGGAAUCAUGGCAUAGAGUGUACACCAAAGAAUUAAUAGACAGGUAGGAGAAAAACCUCUGUAACAUUAGCUUAAUAGCAAAUGUACUAGCACAAUGUAUUGAUCGAAUUUGAUGCUCUUAAAAAAGAGCAAACAUAGUUUUGGACAUGACAGACGCUCUUUAAAUUUUGAAAUUCACUUUGAAAUCUCACUUCAGUAAAUAACUCUGUAAAUCUUUUGGUGGCAUGGGGAAAGAAAAUCAAUUUUGUUCUGUGUUAGCAAACAUAUAAUGAAUGAAACAAUGUGUCAGCAGUAAAUGGGUUAACUCUCCAUUAUCAAAAAUCUAGACGCAACAGAAAUCAAAUCAAAUAAAAAUGGCCUGUCUGUAUUCCGAAUAAGAUGUAAUGCAAAUACUAUAGUGUUAGAAAUACGCCAAAAAAAUAAUUCCUAAUGCAAUAACGUCCCACUUCCCUAAGUUUAUUGUCUGGCCCCCAAACCUUUUAACAUUUACCUCCGUCUCCUCCGACAUUGGCAAUGGAGAGACUCUAGUAAGCAUGUGCGGUGAGCACCACGCAUGUAUAAGGCCUUCCUCGUAUUGAAUCAAUGACUUUAAACUGACUUUAAACUUCUAUGAAAAUUCCAAUGUUUUACAUUGCAGGACUAAGGUGACAGGGACACUGCACCAAGACCACUUCAAUGAGAUGAAGUGGUAUGGGUGCCUAUAGUGUCUUUUUAAUAUAUUACACUAUGAAUAGUGAUUGAACGUGCAAGCAGAUUUGAUUACAUCUGUGCAUUGAUUCAGACCGUUUAGCAGUGACCGGUCACAGAAUCCAAUCUUUUCAUCUGGCCUGCAGUACAUAGAUAAAGUGAUUCCUCCUAUCAGAGCUGUUUCAUGUGAAGCUAAUCUUUUCAGCCUUUGAGAUAAGACUCAAAAUAUAUUAACAGUUUUAACACGUUUUAGUUUCAGUACAUCGGCGCCAUUAUACACUAAAUCCCUUUUUUCCCAUUUGACAGAUUACCUCCCGGGAUUUGCAAUAUUAUGUUUACUUAUCUAACAAAUAUGGGCUUGGGAAAUCUGAAAAUGAAAUGUAGUAGUCCACAGAGCCGUAUUCCUGGCAGGGAGUGCCUUGAUCUUAGCUCCCAAUCAAUCAUUGCUAGAAGCUCUGCCCUUCGUACCUGUCCAUCAUCUGAGAACGAGGAGAGACAGAAUUAAUGCAUAGUGUGCCCAAAUCUAACUAUAUUGUGACAUAAUUAGGUUUUAACCCUGCAAUGUAAAACACUGCAGGGUUUUAAACCUUGGAUCAGGGAUCCUCAAACUCCCGCCCCCCAGAUGUUGCUGAACUACAACUCCCAUGAUUCUUUAAAUUGCAUAGAUAGCCAGGGAAUCAUGGGAGUUGUAGUUCAGCAACAUGUGGAGGGCCGGAGUUUGAGGACCCCUGCCUUGGAUUAAACACAACUCUAAGGCUGUCUUCCAGACAGCCACUAGACGCUUGUCUGUAAGAUCCAAGUCAGACUCGGAUGUCAAUCAAACGGUGCUCCAAGAGAGAAUUUGAUUGGUGCAGUGUGGCGAUUUGACGUGCAUGCGCACUAGCCUCCCAAUGCUUCCCUAAGGGGAAGCACUGGACUGGCUGAAAUCAUCAGCUUUAGGAAAAGCGUCUGCUGAGAGACCAGUGCUGCGUGACGGAAAAGGCAAGUAAAACAUACCUUUUAGAUACUCACGGCAGGAGGGCACUUGAACGCUAACUUUUCCCUUUAGUAUACAUUGAGUAAAAAAGGAUAAAUCAACACAAGUUAUCAAUAAAUGUUCAGUUGUAUUCAAUGGCCUAAUUUUUUAUUUUCUGAAAAUAGGGAUAUGGUGUGGACCAGUGAUGCAUUGCUCAUAUGCUUCAAUUUUCCUGGUUAACUCAUCUGAAUUUUUUUGAAAUAUUGUUUUGCUUAAUAUGCAGCACAGUCACUUUCAACUGGAUAAUCUCAAUGACUGAUCUUAAUUUGUAUUAUAUUUUAUACUGAACACAGAUAGGCCCCUUAUAUUUGAUAUUUGGUACCCCUAUGAAUAGUGUAACAGGUAGUUAACAGGUUUAGUGUUGGAAAAUUGUUUAAUUUAUAUUAGAUUGCAAUUUGUACUUUUUCAGGGAAGCGUGCGGCAUACUGCAGCUUUUUGGAUUUUUUUUGCUUAGAAUUGUUUCGUUUUCUAUUGCGUUUUCUAAUUUUGUGCAAGCUUUGUAAUAAACAAAAAAGUUAGUCAACAUGAUUUGGAUCUUGAAUUUUUAUUGUGAUUUGUGGGGAACUUGAAGUUUGAUGAUGGUCGUAAGAAGUCUGGGGAAAAUACAAAAAAGAUAAAAAAGACAACAGGAGAAGAAAUGUCUUGUAAGCCUACACACAUUCCAAAAGGUUGCAGAUCUCAUAACAGGACUAACAGUGCACCCAUCUUCCUCAGCUUUUACGAGACAUUUGUCCUUCCAUCCUACAACAGAGGAAGAACUGGAAGGCUCUUAUCAAGCUCCCGCUCAGACAGGCAACACAUAGUUGGAGCAUUCCAUUCAACUUCUUUCCUGUUCUCCAUGUUCCUCAGUUCUGUCAUCAGUGGUAGGCUUAUGACAAGGAUUUGAUCCACCCCCUGCAUGAUCUGAUACUCCUACCCAAGAUGUUGUAUCUUGAUUUGUGUCUGCCCUCCUAUAGACCCCACACCUCACAUUAUAUAUUGCCUAAUCGUGGAGACUGUUUUGAUACUCCUUUGGUGUUUUCUUUUCUGUCCAUUAUUUACUGAACCCAAUUUCAGUUCUCCCUCCCUUUUUCACAGAUGAUAACAAUUGUUACGUUUUCAGAUAAUUUCCUCUUUUCUUGCUCAUUAAGUGUUCUUGCAUAGCAAGACCACUUAAUGUUAUCUCACAUAUAUUAUUAUUCUUAUUAUAGCCAAAUUUACCACCCUACCUCCUCCCACAGUUUUUACACUACAUAGACCGUAAUAUACCAAAACGUGCGGAUUGUCCCCGAUUGGAUUGCUAUUACUUUGUGGAACGUUUCGCCGAAUGGUUCACGGAAUAUCGUUGUUCUUGUGGCAAAAUUGGUCCCAUAGGAAUGAAUGGCAAAAUGUUCAAAACUAGAGUGGGAGCUGGCAAAAGCUGAAAAAUCAGGACAUGAUUUCUAAACUGCCACCACUCCCUCAUUUUCAAGCCCACCUACACAAAUCUUAUAUCAAAAC